AUCAUAUUAAUUGUCAUGGUCUUUUAUUCGUCAACGGAGUUUGGAUUAUCGUGCAUGAAUGAAUGGGAUGUGGGGAGGCCAAGUCAAUUACGAUGCACAGAAAUAAAUAUGUAUAUUUAAAUCUAUACUAUAUAGUUUUCAACCUUGCACAGCUAUUGAGGAGCUAGAGUUGUAAUGGGAGAUUAAUUGCUGCAACAAACUUUUUCUAUAUUCAAAAAAUGGAUACAAUUGCAGCAUCUCCUCAUAAAAUUCUUCAUCUGGUGAGGCAUGCAGAAGGAGUGCAUAAUCUAGAAUCAGACAAGAGUCGUGACCCGCUAACAUCAUUCGAGUUUUUGGAUGCUCAACUCUCCUCUCUGGGCCGGCAGCAGGUUGUUGCUGAGAGGAAACAUGUUCGUGAAACUGGACUGCUCGAUGAGGUUGAAGUUGUCAUUGUUUCCCCUAUGACAAGAACAUUGGAAACGGCAGUGGGGAUAUUUGGUGGUAAAGAGCAAGCGGAUGCAUUAGACGUCAGCUCAUGCCAGGAUUCAAAUGUAAAUAGCAAUGAAACAUCUGCGAUUUUCAAUAGUCGGCCACGAAUUGUAGCAUAUGAGCUUUGUCGAGAACGAAUGGGAAUAUUAGAAUGUGACAAGAGAGCAAGUAUUAGUCAGUAUCGGUCUCAUUUCCCUACAGUUGAUUUUUCAUUGAUUGAAAAUGAAGAUGAUGUUUUGUGGAAAUCAGAUGAAAGAGAAAGCUACGACGAAAUCCAAGCUAGGACAAUUAAGUUCCUCAAAUGGUUAUGGGAGAGGAAAGAACAGAAGAUAGCAGUGGUGAGCCAUGGUAUAUUUUUGCAAAAAGCGAUGAUCGAACUUGUUAAGAAUAACAAUUUUUACCGCUUACCACUUCGAGGACAUCCGAUUAAAUUAGAACGAAAAAAUUGGUACCCUUUAAUGGAUGAUGAGUAUACACGCAGCCGCUUUAAAAAUUGUGAAAUUCGUUCAAUCGCCAUUUUGCAUGAAAGCAUGAUGGAAUCAGAUGCGAUGAUCAGUAAGCAGCAAUAUUGUGGAAGAAUUGGAAAAGAAAUGCUCCAAAUUAGGGAUUCUAGCAACGACAAAAUGGCAGUGGAGGAACUGGAAGUCACCAUUUAAUCAUUGCCUCAUCUGCAAAAUGGGUGUAUGAUUUCAAGCUCCAACUCCCACCCUUAGAUCUUAUAUUAAGGUGCUUUUCGAAGAAACUGUAUCUACUGUUGUUUUUGUUUUGUAAGACUUUAAGGUUUAAUGAUCUGGAAAAAAUAAACUGUUGGCAAAAACAACAGCAAAUCAAUAAAUAAGUUAAAUUCUACUGUUCUACCA